AUGCGGAGUCUCCCACAGCCCCCACAAAGCUUCCUGCAGAAGAAGAGCAAAAUUUUGGAGCAGCUCUCAAUCCCGGAUACCGAGUACACAGACGCAUCACCCAAAGGCUCGGUGGAUGUUGGGAUCAGAGAACUAAUCGAUGAACUCAACGGCUUAGAGGGAUUUGUGACAACCAGCAGCUGUGCGGGACGGGUCAGUGUUUUUGUGGAGGGAAAGAAGGCUGCGGAGGGCGCCAGUCAGGAGAACCAAGAUGAAGAAGGGGCGCGAACAGCUACAGUUGCUGGUGUCGGCGGUAAAGGGGGAGGAGGCCAUUGGCUCUUUGUCAGUCAUGAUCCGGUCGAGGUCGAGGACGGAAAGACAUUGGACGAUCUUUUCGGGUUGAAAAACCAAGACGCAUCUGGCGACACCACGACUGGUGACAAUGAGGCAGCUCGACUUAUACACUUCAAGUUCGAGCCAAUGAUUCUACAUGUUUUGACUGCAUCUCUAGAGCACGCUCAGCUUCUGCUCAAGUGCGGUCAUCAAGCAGGCUUCCGAGAAACUGGUGCGUUGAACCUGACGGCUGCUGGAGGAGAAGCUGUCACCCCGAUCGUGGCUAUUAGAACCAUGGGCCUUGGGCUGGAAUCACUGGUUGGCAUUCAGAAAGGAGACCUAAUACAACGAACCGUUACGCCAGAUUACCUGCAAACGCUGCUGGAUAUCAGCCAUGACAGGUUCGCUGAGAACUCGAAGCGAAUCCAGCGGUUUCGUGCGGCAAUCUUCGAGGCUGCUCAGCCACCAAAGAAGAAGGAUGGGACGGAGUGGGAAGAUGCUGCAGCUCGAAGGGAGAGGAAAAAAGCACAGGGGCUUCGAAGAAAGGCUGAAAUGGAGGCUGCGAGAAAUCAAGGCCAGACCUCUGAUAAGGCUGAACCUCUAGACCUAGCCCUAAAUUCAGACCUGACAUGA